AUGCGAGACCUGGCCUUGAUCCAGUCCUGCGAGAGCUUGAGCGAGGCCAAAAAGAUCUACGCGCGCGUGGAUCGAAUUCCUUACCGCGAUCGCGUGUUUCUCUACAACAAGCUCAUCGAGAUGUUUGGGCGAUGCGGGGACGCAGCUCAAGCGCGCAAAGUUUUCGAUGGAAUUGCCGCCAAGAACACCUUCUCGUGGGAUCUUAUGCUAUUUGCCUACACCAGAAAUGGCCAGAUCCGCGACGCGCAAUGCCUCUUCUCCGCGAUGCCGAGCCCCAAUGUGGUCUCGUGGACGAUGAUGCUAUGCGCGCUUGCCGAGGCUGGCGAAUUCCACGCAUCAAUGGGAUUGUUCCAAUCGAUGCCACUCUACAAUCUUGUGUCGGUAACAGCAAUGCUCGUGCUCCUCGCCAGAGAAGGUCGAAUCGAGCAGGCAAAGAAGGCGUUUGACAAUAUGCCCGAGAGAAACCUUGUAACGUGGAAUGCUAUGGUAACUGCAUUCGCUCGGAACGGGCAUUUGGCUGAUGCGAAAGAGAUGCUAAAGCAAAUGCCGCAGAGAAAUGUCGUGAGUUGGAAUUCGAUAUUAAACUCACUUGUGGAAAGAGGUGGCGUGCAAGAAGCUACGUGUGUUUUCAACGACAUGCCCGAGUGGGACGUGACGGCCUUGCUAGCAGCAUGCGCGCAGAGCUGCUCAUUGGAAGAUGCGAAGCGAGUGUUUGAGAAUAUGCCAGAGAGAAAUCUCGCCUCAUGGAACGCUCUUCUGUCAGCAUUUGCCACGAGUGGGCAAGACAUCGAGCUGGUUAAGCAGGUGUUUGACGAGAUGCCCAUGGCGAACGUAAUCUCGUGGACGGUCAUGAUUGUCUCAUAUGGUCUGAGGGGCCACGUGGAGGAAUCUAAACGGGCGUUUGACAGUAUGCCGGAGUGGAACCUUGUGUCUUGGACAAAGCUUCUUUCUGCAUUUGCCGAGAACGGGCGUUUUGAAGAGUGUUUGGGAAUCUCUUACGACAUGCCUGGUCAGGACGUGUCCUCGUGGACUGCACUUCUGUCGGCGUACGCUCAAAACGGGCAGAUACAGAACGCGAGAAGUAUAUUUGAGAAGAUGCCACAGAGGAAUCUCACGACAUGGAAUGUCAUGCUGGCGGCAUAUGCCCGGAGCGCGAAUCUUGACAUCAAAGAAGCCGCAUUCUUCACAAUGAGCACUCUAAACACUCUGGAGCGCCCCGAGGCUGUGACGUUCCUUCCGUCCCAGCAGGAACCACUACUGCUGCGUGAUCGAUCUCCUCGCCAGGGCUGGGCAUCUCGACAACGCGAGAGAUUUGCUCGCAAGCAUGCCGUUUGUGCCCGAUUCGCUGGAGUGGGCGUGCUUUCUGUCAGCGCCUAG